CCGACCGCCAUGAAUACUUCCGCUGUACCCAACGAGCUAUGGCUGGAAAUCUUCCGACAUCUCUCGACCGAAACGAUCCAGUCUCUCGCGCUCAGUCGCCGAGCUUUUGUCCCCCUUUGCCGCACGCUGCUAUUUACGGAACUUAUCGUCCAUCCGUACCACAAUGUCUUUGCCAUGGGCCAAGCUAUCGCAUACGACCCAGACACGCUGGCGCAGCAGACCGCACGGCUCGAGUUCUGGUGCUCCUCCGCCAUAGCACCUUUGGUGCGGUCAUGCCGUAUCGACCCGGGUCGAGUCUUGUUUAUGGGACAGAGCGCUAUCAGAGACUACGACGUUCGGACAGCCGAUCCCUAUGUCCUGAUGGACUUGUUGCUCGCUCGCCUGACGGACGGCAGGUUCACGUCCCUACGCUAUCUGUCAGCCAUUGGGACGCAGUACGCUCUCCGGCAUCUGCACGCAUUUCUAAAACUGCCUCCACUGGAAAAACUGGAGAUACUGGGCUGCCGAUCUCGCGAUUCUGGGGAAGCGGCAGAGGAGAACACUCACUCGCUGCAGCCGCUACAAGUCUCCCGAUGUUCUUUGCGCCAGUAUCCCACUGGCAAGAACGAGUUGUACCAAUGGCUCCGUCUUCUCUCUCCGCUGGCUCUCCAAGAGUUGGAUAUGAGGUCGAGCUCCUGGGAUGAAGUGGUAGAGCUCCCGAAUCUGCGCAGACUCGCGACCCAUUGCGGUCCACAAUCCAUCAAUAAGAUGCUGGCUUUUGCGGGAAGGCUUCCAUCCGUAAAACGAUUCGUUGUGCGGGUUGUGGGUCUCGAAUCAGGGGACAGUCUUCCGUCCCCGACGCUUCCUGCCGAGCUUGCUGCCUCCCUUCUCCCUGUCAUCGAGUCGUUCAAUGGUCCUUGCGAGUUGGCGCAUCUGUUUCUCAGCCGAGAGACUUUGACUGCGCUGACUCUGACAUGGUCUCCUUGGGACAAGUUGGUGGGGAUACAGUCUGCGCACGUCACAUACUUUGACGCUGCAGUCGACGCUCUCGACGCAAGCCAAAUGUCCCAACUCUUCCUGUCCCUCCCCAAUCUCGUGGGCAUGCGACUGCGGCUUUGGGAUCUCCCGGAGACGAUUCUGUCUCCCUCACUGAAUCUCAAUAUCAAGCUGUUUUUCGAUGCACUACCAACCAUUGCUACGCUGCCACGCUCUCUGGAGCGUCUGUUCAUCUGCUGGGAGCCUGGUUACGGCAACUUUGACUACCAUCGCACCCCGCACAUUCCAGAUUUCGACCGGCUCAAGAGCGGACUUUGUGAGCGUUGUCCAGCUUUGUGGGCAUUGUGGAUCGACGGCUAUGAGUAUCUCUUGAAAUGGAACAAACAAGACGGCCAUCAGGAGCUAGGAAACUCAUUUGCACAUUCGCUCACCACUCGCAAGCUAUCAAUGGCAGAACAAGUACCCAAGGCCGAGAGUGAUCGCAUUUUCGCGGUGCUGAAGGGUCAGAAGGAGAACAAGAUAUGUUUCGAUUGUAAUGCGCGCAACCCCACCUGGUCAUCGGUCACAUUCGCCGUCUACCUAUGCCUCGACUGCUCCGCCACGCACCGAAACAUGGGCGUGCACAUCACUUUCGUGCGCUCGACCAACCUGGACUCGUGGUCUGUAGCGCAACUGCGGGCAAUGAAGGUGGGCGGGAACGCCAGCUACUCGACGUUCCUGCACAAGAACGGCGGAGGCAAUCUGCAGGGCAAGGCCAAAUAUGAAGGGCGCGUCGGCGAGCUGUACAAGCAGGAGCUUGCACGCCGGGUCAAGGCGGACCAGACUGUCAACCCGACGGGCAUCGUUGUUGAGGGUGCGACUCCGGCUGCUGGGGAGGAGCAAGCGGGCAAGGGCGAGGACGAUUUCUUCGAGAGCUGGAGCAAGCCAAGCACGCCAAAGGAGACGAGCCGCGUGGGCACCCCCACAGUGCCUGUCAUCGGGCGCGCCAAUAGCAAGCCUGGAACUCCAGCCCCAUCGACUCCUGCUGCAGCUGUCACGCCCGUGGCUCCAAGUCCCGUUGCGCCCAAGCCCCGUCUUGGUCUUGCGGCUGCUCCGCGAGGGCUCUCUGGUAGUGGAGGAGGCGCGCUCAAGCUUGGCGCAGGAAGCAAGAAGGGCAAGCUCGGCGCCCAGAAAUCGUCCCCCAUGUCUUUCGCGGAAGCUGAGCGCCGUGCUCGAGAAGAUGAGGAACGCACGAAAGCAUUGGGCUAUGAACGCGAGUCCGCACCUGCCGCAGUCACCGCUGCUCCUGCAUCAGUCGCCACCCCUUUAAACUCAUUCACUCCCGCCGCGUCAUCAGCAGCUGCUCCCGGUGCUACGCAGUCUUCCUCCCCUGCCGCUCAAAAGCCCGGAUUUGUGCGCUUGGGCUUUGGUGCGAUCCCCACUGCCUCCUCUGGGACGAUUGCCUCUGCUGGCGCUGUGCUGAACCCUGGCAUCAACAAGGCCACGAAUGCUGGUACUAGUGCUGCUGCGGUCGAUGACUCACCAACGACCGCACGCGAUCGAUUCGGUGGUCAGAAAGGCAUCAGCAGCGACAUGUACUUCGAACGGGGAUCGUACGAUGCCAAUGCUCGUUCUGAAGCUCAAGAGCGGCUGCGCAACUUCGAAGGCCGAACAGGCAUCGGCAGCGAUGAGUAUUUCGGCCGGGAGGAGAACGGCGAAGGCGCCGACCCAUAUGCCAACAGCGGGACAUCGUACUCUUCCUACCUCGGAGACAGCAGCAGCCUGGCUGGGAUCGAGAGUUCAGCCCGGGAUAUGAUUGGACGGGCAAUGGCCGACCCGCAGGUGCAGAACUUGGCGGAUAGCAUAAGAACCGGUGCUCUCAAGUUGUCUGACUAUCUGGCUCAAAUGUCUGAUCGUUGAUAUUUUGGGGUUGUGUUACGUAUAUAGACAUGCACACAUACCGGAAUCUCGAUCUUCCUUUCUUUCGCCCUGGCCCGUUUGGGUCGGUUGAUUGUUCGGCACGGUUUUCAUAAUCGUACACUGCUCGGAUGAUGUGUGGAUGUAUGAGCGACGACCUGCACAUGCUCUUCUGCUGAGGAAAGCGGGAAGAAGCGAAUGUGCAAUUGCUUGGCAAUGACCAAGCGAGAUGGGUCUUUGCAGUCGAGCCCAUUCAACGUUGAACUCAUGUGAUUGCACACAAGUUCUCAUCUGGAGCAGGCGGAAUGGUUCUCCAGAGUCUUUACCCCAGAUGAUUUCGUGAUCACAUCCCGCUAGCGGCACUCAAUUGUUCACCGAUGCAAGUCAGCAAGUAUUCACUCUCCUUCUCACGCCACGGGGAUGGAACAAACUCCAGGGACGAGCUCUGCUCUACGUAGUGUCCAGGGAUAUCGUAUGCCCCUCUUUCAUGCCAAUUAUAGGUAAAACCAAGCCGAGUCUCACGUAACUCACCUAAAUCGUCCCAAUGAUAUUAUGCUACUUUGCACAAUGGUUGGAAUAUGUAUGAUCGAAUCACAUUCUGGAGCAGCCUUAGACUCGUGUGGAGUCCCGCGUAACACACACAACCUCUUGGCCAAUUUUCCAAUGCCCUGCUGACCUGCGUAAUCAUCUCUCCCUUUACCAUAAAAGCGGGGAGUUGAAGCCAGGGAGGCCCAAGGAAAAAUACACUCACUCAAAGAUGCAAUUCCCCUCCAUCACUCAUCUCGCACUCCUUCUCGUUGCUUUCGCCGUCGGCACCCACGCCGCUGAGCUCAACGAGCGCGUCCCCUGCAGCUGCUUCUCUGGAGCGGACGGAACCCUCUACUGCGACCCCCCUGGCUGCCACUAAGCUUCGAAAGAGCUCGAAAUCUCAACGCAUCUAAUAAUGUUGAAAUCCAGAAAGCCAGUGUUCAGAUCGUAUACAAAAUCGGAGGUGGCGACGUCAAGGAGAGCGAUUGAGUAGUCCUGCUGUAUUCGGAACGAAAGAAUCACUUGUCUAUCCUCUAUCGAGUCUCUUCCUUGAUACUUCAGAUAAGUCGGCUCAACUCUAACUGAAGCAGUGGAGCAUUCAGAAGCAAUAUG